AUCAGAUCGAAAGCAACAACAUCCACAGGCCCCAACCGAAAGUGUCUCAAAACACCAAUCUUGCCAUGCUCAGGAUCCUUGCCGUAGUACUUUGUGCGCUCCUCUGGCCGGCCAGUCGGGCCCUUACUCCUGGCCUGCAGGUGGCCAAGCAGUGGAAGCUCCUACGCUACAACUUCCAGCCACAGGCGCCGGUCAACGAUGCCAACUUCUACAGCCCCCAGAACGUUCUCAUCACGGGAGUGGCCGUCACGGAUAACCGCAUCUUCGUGGCCACUCCCAAGCUGUUUACCGGCGUGCCCUCUACCGUGAGCUGGGUGUCCAAGGCGGAGUUCGGUGACUCACCCACCCUGCAGGCCUUCCCCGACUGGUCCUUCUCCAACACGGGCCGCAGCGACUUCAACUGCAGCGACCUCAUCCUGACCUCGGUCUACCGCCUGCGCCUUGACUCCUGCAACCGCCUAUGGCUACUGGAUGCGGGGGUGUCCCGCUCGCUGGAGGACUACGAGAUCACCUGUCCACCCAAGAUACUGGUGGUGGAUCUGGCGACGGACCGGGUGGUGCGUCGCAUCGAUUUUCCUCCCGAGGUGCUGCGCGGCGAAUCGCUCUUCACCAACAUGGUGAUCGACGAGACGACGGCCAAGACCUGCGACGAUGUGUAUGUGUAUAUCACGGACACGGUGGAGCCCGGCAUUGUAGUCUACGACAGCGGCAAGGACGUCACUUGGCGAGUCUCCCAUCCGGCCAUGUAUCCCGAUCCCGACUUUGCCCAGUCCGAGAUCCUCAACGAUCGCUUCGUCUUGAUGGAUGGAGUUGUGGGCUUGACCUUUGACGAGCGCAAGGGAGUGGUCUAUUUCCAGCCUCUGGCCACCGAUCGUGUUUUUUCGGUGCACAAGAAUGUGCUGCGUGCCGGACCACUGCCCGACGGAAAGAUGCUGGACGUGAAACUGGUGGGCAAGAAGUCCUCCCAGGGCAUCGGCCUGUCCGUCUCGCCCUUCGACAGCAGCCUUAUCUUCAGCCCGCUUAGCGAGACGGCCAUCGCCUCGUGGAACCCCUCGACCAACCAGCAGUCGGUUCUGGCCUACGACCGCGACCAGCUGCAGUUCGUGGCGGAUAUAACCACCACUCGCUCGGAGCCGGGCGUCAUCUACGCCAUCUCCUCGAAGUUCCACCGCUUCUUCCUGAAGAACCUUGACCCCAACGAGUUCAACAACCGCAUAGUGCGCCUGGAGCUGCCCUCCGGCUCCCUGUUGGGCCACCACCUGGCCCUGCCCCCGGCCCCCGCGCACAACAGCCUGCUCAAUUACGGCCUCUACAACACCCACUCGCAAGCCUCCACGAACGCCCUGCAGACGUACUUUAGCAGCCCAGCGCUGACCACGCCCUUCACAACCAAGACGCCCUUCAGAUUCGAGAGUGCCGGCGUCGUCCAAUACGGCGUGCGGAACCCCUUCACGGCGCUCAACCAAGGCGAGGCCUUUCCGCCCAGCAAGGCCACCCGGGACAACUACCAGCGCUCCUACCUGGACACCCUGGUGGGCACCACUGCGCCGGCGGCACCUACGAGAUUGGUCUCGGCCCCAACGCCCUACACGACCCGCCACAGCGGAUAUUACUAUCAGCGCGGGAAGCGGGAGCUGCAGGCGGAAUCGGAUGAGGAGGAGCACUAACCGUAGUCCGCAAUCCGCUUGAGGGAUAUGCUCGAUUUGUGUUCACGAUGUGUAUGUGCAAUGCCACGCUCUGCUGAUGUAAAUAAACCUUUUUUAAAUGUAUUGAUUAAAUUAAUUUAAUGAAAA